CUGAAUCGCUUUUUUUACCGCUAAAACCAAACUCGCUCUAGUUUCUUCUUCCUGCAGAUGCUUGUGUGUUUGGAUAAAUACAGCAGGACAGAGAGGUUCUGUUUUACUCAGAGCUGCAGCUGAAGAUGGGAAUCACUGGUCUACUACAGUUCAUCAAUGAUGCAUCUGAGCCCAUCAGUGUGAAAAAAUACAGAGGCCAGACAGUGGCUGUGGACACGUACUGCUGGCUGCACAAAGGAGCGUUUUCAUGUGCUGAGAAGCUGGCCAAAGGAGAACCCACUGACCAAUAUGUACGGUACUGCAUGAAAUUUGUGGACAUGUUGUUGACCUUUGGUGUCAAACCAGUGCUGGUUUUUGAUGGACGCAAUCUGCCUUCCAAACAAGGAGUGGACAAGGCUCGCAGAGAGCGCAGACAAGCUAACCUUCAUAAAGGCAAGCAGCUCCUCCGUGAAGGUAAAUUGUCCGAGGCCAGGGACUGUUUUACCCGCUGUGUUAACAUCACACCAGCCAUGGCUCAUAAUCUUAUUAAGGUUGCAAGGGCAAGAGGGGUGGACUGUGUGGUGGCUCCAUAUGAAGCUGAUGCUCAGUUAGCUUACCUCAAUAAAUCCGGUUUGGCCCAGGCUGUCAUCACUGAAGACUCUGACCUGCUGGCAUUUGGCUGUAAAAAGGUGAUUCUAAAAAUGGACAAGCAGGGCAACGGACUGGAGAUAGACCAAAGUAACCUGGGCCGAUGUCGCAGCUUGGGGAACGUUUUCACAGAGGAGAAAUUUCGGUACAUGUGCAUCAUCUCUGGCUGCGACUAUCUGCCCUCCCUGCAUGGCAUUGGCCUGGGCAAAGCCUGCAAGCUGCUAAGGCUGGCCCAAGACCCAGAUAUCCUAAAGGUGAUCAGAAAGAUGGGCCAGUACCUGAAAUCUAAUCUAGUAGUUCCAGAGGAUUACAUCGAGGGGUUCAUCAGAGCCAACAACACCUUCCUUCAUCAGCUCGUCUUCGAUCCCAUUGGGAGGAAGGUUGUACCUCUCAACCCAUACCCUGAGAAUAUUGACCCAGACACACUCAGCUAUGCUGGAACAAAUGUAGGAGAUGAAAAGGGCUUGCAAAUGGCCUUAGGAAAUGUGGACAUCAACACAAUGGCGAGGAUAGAUGACUUCAACCCAGACAAACCCCCUUCGCAGAAGCCAAAACGCCGUAGUCAGCACUGGAAUGACUCGCCAGCUCCCACUGGGCCUAGUAUAUGGAGUGUAGGCUUCAAGCCAUCGUCUGCAGACCCGCCCUCUUCUGCUGUGUCUCCAGACAGGACUUCCUCCUCCAGGGGGAAGGAGAGAGUCAUCGGCUUACAAGGUCUGAGGCUGCCCUGCAGAGAGCUGCAGGUGAAGAGACCAAGAGAGGACUCUGGAGUAUCAGACCAGGACGUGCUGCAGCAGUACUCCUCCUCCAGUCAGAAACGAUCCAAGACAGACCAACAGCCUGACAAGCCCAAAUUAACAAGUCAGUCACAACCACGCAACCGCUUCGCCACGCUGCUGCAGAGGAGGAACCAGGAAGCUGCGGAGGAUGGCCAGGCCACAUGCAGCAGAUUCUUCAGCAGUCCCAGUUCCACAGUCUGUCUCAGCACCUUGGAGUCUGCUCAGGGGGAUUUACCUCAUGGUGUGGAGCCCACAGCUGUAACUCCCACUGAGGACAAGUUCUCUCACAGCGACCAAACCAAUGACAGCGAUGGUCCCGAUGUUCCAUCUGUGGACACCCCGAGCCCCCCUCCAUCACCAGGCACUACACCCCCCAGUUCAUCCAGUGGCUUCAGGCUCUUUAACUGGUCGGGCAGCUCCUCUUCCAUGGAAAAAUCAAAAAGCCCUAAUUCCACCUCAGGCCUGGCUGCCCUUCAGCAAUUUCAGUUUAAGAGGGAGAGUUUUCCCUCCUCUCCAAAGAUCCAACAUCCCUGUAAAGACAUGUCAUCCUUGUGUCCGUCCCCCACUGACGGAAACCCAGAGGACAACCCCCCAGACUUCCCAACGUCCCAGGACAGUGACUACUUCUCCCAGUCUCAGCCUUACAACACAGCCUGCCACAAAGAGGAAGUCCCCACCCACAGCCUCCAGAAUGAUGACACAUCUGAAAUUAAUCUGCACAGAGAUUCAGAGGUCAAGCAGAGUCUAACAUACUCAAAUAAGAAAUCUGGCAUUCUGGGGUCAAAGGUUUCAGGUCUGUCAAAACUGAAGUCCAUCAACCACAGUCAAGCAGCAAAAGUGCCGAUGUUGGGCCCAGCCAGGGCCAGUGGGCUGAGGAAGAAGUCUGUGGGAUCUGUGAAGAAAGUCUCCUCCCCCAAUAAUGAGAACAGUCCUGGAGUCCAGGCCACCAUCAGCAGCCUGUGGAAGAACUUCAGCUUCAAAAAAGAUACCCAGAAGCUGACUUCCUGUAUGGAGCGAAAGUCAAAGCCCAUGUCUCCAGUCAAAGACAACCUGCUGACCAGCUCGUCUCUCACAGACAUCGGCUUAAUCACCAGCUUCUGAAAGAUGCUUUGAAUGUUUCAGACAACUCUGUGUCGGAGGGACCUUUUAAACAUACCAUGUAUGUCAAUUAUAUUUUCAUCAACUUGUAUUUCUUAAUGUAGUUUUAAAUAAAGCAACUCACUUAUGAUCAAAGUGUAUCCUUGGUUAAGUUUUGAUAAACUCUAUAUUGAGAUUACUAUAUUAUACUCAAGAGUGUUUGCGUAACAUCUUUCAGGAACUGUGUGUUUUGCUUCAGCACUGCAGUUAAAGAAUGUGUCAUGUAGUGAGGUGGCUCUAAGAAUGCACAAUGCAUACUUGAGUCUUUCCUGAAAACGACCUACCUGCAUGCAAGCCAGAGAAUGUGGCGAGAAGACUGCUGGCUUGUUAUGUCUUCAAAAGCAUGUUGAGUAUCUGCACUUGUCCGACUGAGCUGAGACUUUUCUGUUGACUGUUAAGAAUUGUAUGAGCUCUGUUAAAUAAUAAUAAUAAUAAUAAUGAUGAUGAUGGUGGUGAUGUCAAAGAAUCUUACGUUCAUCU